AUGACAGUUGCAAAUAAUCUGAUAAGACUAACGAGUGAACAUUUAAAUUUUUUAAAUGAGAGUCUACAACCAUUAACACCACAAGAAUUAAUAAAAUGGACUUAUUUAACUUUCCCCAAUUUAUAUCAAACUACAGCUUUUGGAUUAACUGGUUUAGCUAUAACAGAUAUGAUUUCAAAAAUCCCAGAUAUUAAAAUAGAUUUAAUUUUUAUUGAUACAUUAUAUCAUUUCCCACAAACUCAUGAUUUAUUAAAAAAAGUUCAAACAAAAUAUCCCAAUUCAAAAAUUAACGUUUUUAAACCAAUUGGAGUUGAAAAUGAAAAAGAAUUUAUUGAAAAAUAUGGUGAUCAAUUAUGGGAAACUCAUGAUAAAUAUUAUGAUUAUUUAGUUAAAGUUGAACCUAUACAAAGAUCUUAUAAAGAAUUAAAUGUAAAUGUUGUAUUAACUGGAAGAAGAAAAUCUCAAGGUGGUUCAAGAAAUUCUUUAACUAUAUUAGAAUUUGAUGAAAUUAAUAAUAUUAUAAAAAUUAAUCCUUUAUGGAAUUGGGAUUUUAAAUUAGUUAAAGAAUAUAUUGAUGAAAAUAAUGUACCAUAUAAUGAAUUAUUAGAUUUAGGUUAUAAACUGAUUGGUGAUUGGCAUUCAACUGUUCCUGUUGCUGAUGGAGAAGAUGAAAGAAGUGGUAGAUGGAAAAAUAAAGCUAAAACUGAAUGUGGUAUUCAUAUUGCAAAAGAAUUUACAAGUUAUGCUUGA